ACGUUCGUCCACCACUAACUGUUAUCAAACCCGUUGUUUGUUUUUUUUGCAAACGCUAAACAAAUUGUAAAUUCCGAAAUGGGUGAAGAAACCAGCAAUUCCACGCAAAACAAAACUAGAACGAAAACCACGCGGCCCAAAGCCGUUUACCAGUGGACAGUGAGUGAUGUACUAAAGUGGUAUCGCCGUCACUGCGGCGAAUACAGCCAGUACGAACAGCUUUUUGCCCAGCAUGAUAUAACCGGCCGAGCUCUCCUGCGCAUCACGGACUCCUCUUUACAGCGAAUGGGAGUAACAGAUAACCGGGACAGGGAGGCUAUCUGGCGGGAGAUCGUCAAGCAGCGACUCAAAACGGACAUCAUGGAGAUCCGAGACAUGGAGCGGCUCAACAUACAUUAGCUUUAGGAUAAUCAUUAAUAGUUUAUUAUUGUUGUAGGCAAAUAUUUAAGACGAUAAAUUAAACGAUAUUUUAGCUCUAUUCAAAAUGAUAA